CGAACUGUUUUUGUUUACUAUUAGCUUAGCUUAGUUUAGCGCCGACACGCAGAGCUUCAGGAAAUGUGAUAGUAGGACCUUUGACAGCUGUGCGCUUUUAUCGGACUGUCCGUCACGUACAAAUGUUAGGUACUGGACAAUUAGCUAAGCUAUGAAAUUACUUUUUCUUGCCUGUCUCGGGCCACAAACUGGGAACCACACCACAGCUGAGAGAAUAAGAUCCCACAUUGAGUCAGCAGGACACAUUUGUGAGCUCAUGGAUGCAGCAGAAUUUCAGUCUCCUGCUGAGGUGGCGAGCCUGGUAUCUCAGAAUCCACCAUUUGAGGGUGCACUGGCCAUUCAUCUGUUCAAAGCAGGCAGGCUUCUCUUAGAUACCAGUGUACCAUUUGGUGUUAUCUUUGGUGGAACAGACAUAAAUGAAGAUGUGAAAGUUGAACAGAAGCGUGUGGUUAUGGAACAGGUGCUACUGAAAGCCAGGUUUGCUGUUGCUUUUACAGAUAAAAUAAAAGAAGAAGCAGAGAUAUUUUUGCUCUCAAACUGCAGUAAAAUUUAUGUCCAACCCCAAGGCAUCCACACUGAAGUGACCAAGACGUUCUGCUGGACUGAUUUCUUGAGGAGCUCAGGUGUAAGCAGAGAGGAUGUAGAUGAGCUACAUGUUUUCCUCUUAGUCUGUGGUCUUAGAAGAGUCAAGGAUCCCCUCUACCUAGUGCAGAUUUUUACAGAGUGGCAUAAUGAGAAUCCCCUCAAUGUGUUGGUCAUUAUUGGGCCAAAGAUGGAUCCUGUUCUUACUCUGGAGGUUGAAGCUGUUGUUGAACAGACAGCUGGGGUCUUUCUGGCACCUGAGAGAAGCCAACAGGAGCUUCAUGCUGCCAUGAAAAAGUGCUCUGCUGUGGUCAACAGCUCUCUCUCAGAAGGAAUGUCAGCAGCCAUCUUAGAGGCCAUGGAUCUUGGGGUACCCGUUGUGGCGAGGGAUAUUCCAGGAAAUGCUGCUGUGGUACAUCAUGAGGUCACAGGGCUGCUGUACUCUACUCCACAGGAAUUUGUGCAUCAAUCUCAAAGGCUGUUGUCAGAUCCUGAGCUGAGAGAAAAACUGGUGAGGAACGGAAAAAUCUACGUGGAAAAACAUCACAGCCCGAAACGAGAGAGAGAGACCUACCUGAAGCUGGUUGACAUUCUGCAGUGAGCACGC